CGCCAACAGACCGAGAGCACGGCACGGCAUUCCACGCUCCGGGACGGCGAGAAGCGACUUCCCAAUUCCCAUCCACCGGCCGCGCCUCGCGCACGCCUUGGUGCGGAAAAGCCGCGCUUUUUUCCUGGUUCCUCCUCCCCCCACCAGUCCACCACAGCCAGUCGCCCUCGCCAGUUCGUUCCACAGCCCCACUCCCAUUCCCAAUCCAACUGCUCCGUCUCGUCCUCCCCGUCCGGGAGCCCAUCCAAGAACGCGUGACGCGCCGAGAGGCCCCCGAGGUGCGUGCCUGUCUUCCCGCCGCCUCCCCGAUCGAUCCAGCCGUGCGAAUUACCGGUUGCUACCGGUUCCGUCGUGCUUCAUCGGUUACGUAUCUAGCGGAGCUGCCUCCUUCAAGGUACUACAAUGUCCUUUCUAUUCAAGUCUAGCAAUGGUGGUACAACUGAGAAAAACUUGACCCUAGAAGAACAGCAAGAAAAGAUAAAUGAAUUACGCAAGGAGCUUGGUGAAUAUUCCUCAGUAGCCAUUCAAGAUUUCCUUUCAGAUGCCUCAUUAUCGAGAUUCCUUCGAGCAAGAAACUGGAAUGUGCAGAAAGCUAGUAAAAUGCUGAAAGCAGCUGUGAAGUGGCGGCUUGCAUUCAAGCCAGAAACCAUUUGCUGGGAAGAUAUUGCACAGGAAGCAGAGACUGGAAAGAUAUAUAGGGCAGACUACAAGGACAAACAUGGGAGAACUGUUCUUGUAUUGAGGCCUGGCUUAGAGAACACUUCCUCAGCAACAGGACAAAUCAAGUAUCUAGUUUACUCUCUGGAGAAAGCGAUUAUGAACCUGACGGACGAUCAAGAGAAGAUGGUGUGGCUGACAGAUUUCCAGUGCUGGACAUUGGGAAGCACACCAUUGCAGGUAACCCGUGAGACUGUCAAUGUCUUGCAAGACUGUUAUCCUGAGAGGUUGGGGCUAGCGAUCCUUUACAAUCCUCCUAGGAUAUUUGAGUCCUUCUGGAAGAUAGUGAAGCCAUUCCUGGACCAUGAGACCCGCAACAAGGUGAAGUUUGUGUACUCAAACGAUAAGGAGAGCCAGAAGAUCAUGGCAGAGGUCUUCGACAUCGACAAGCUUGACACGGCAUUCGGGGGAAACAACCCAGCUGGCUUCGAAUACAGCAACUAUUCUGAGCAAAUGAGGGAGGACGACAAGAAGAUGGGAUCUUUGCACGGCACAAAUGGUAGCUUGCUCUCUCAGGGCCAGCCAGAUGAAUCAGCUGAGGAGGCUAAUGGCGCCGACUCGGAUGCCUCAAGCGAGGCCUCUUUCUAUAGCGGAACGGAGUCUCCGAAACAUGAAGACGGAGAACAGGGCGUCCCAAAGAACGGCUGAGCUGAACCGCUGUGCUUGCUCGAACAGAGAGAUGAAAUAGGUCGACAUGCAAUUAUCUAACUGGAACAUAUGUUGGAAUCAGUAGCGCCAGUUUGCAAGCUGGUUAGAAAUCCUCUCUAUGACCACGAUGUUGGAUCCGCGAGAGGGAAUGUAUAUUCGCUGUUCAUGAUAUCAUAGAGAGCCUGGAAGAGUUUUCUGUGGCCGGCAUCCUACUAUACAUUUGUAUGAAAUAAAUGCUUCCAUUCUCAAUUGCUAA